ACUUCUUCCGCCCGCGUGACACCUGCAGUUACAGUCCAAACAUGAGCGCUUCUGCUGUGGUUCGGAGGUUAGCAGCUCUGUCAGGAGCCUCGGCAGUGGGAGCUGGGGCUUACGGGGCUCACGGUUUCAAGAACAGCGAUCCUGAUGACUACCGAAUAGUGCUUUUUGAAACCGCCAACAAGUACCAUUUCUACCACAGCCUGGCCUUGCUGGGUGCUGCCCACUGUGGGAAACCUGCUGUGGCUGGUAGCCUUCUGAUUGCGGGCAUGGGGAUGUUCUGUGGCUCUUUAUACCACCAGGCUCUGACAGGGGACCCCGGACUGCGCAAAGCGGCUCCCGUGGGGGGCGUAGCUAUGAUUGUUGGAUGGCUGGCCAUGAUUCUCUGAACUGUGACAGCUUACAUCUUCUCCAGAGAGCCACACUGUGACACUAAACUGUCAGACUGCUAAUAAAUGAACUGGAGAACUUGUAAGAGUUGGCUGAGGGCUAGUGCUGAGUUAUAAUGUCACCCAUCCAACCACCGCCUGCCCUGGGUUGUGGAUGUCAGCAGGAGAUAAGGUCACCGCAGGAUGAUCACUUUUCUGCCACUGCUGUCUGUUUGUGGCUGCUGCCCUUUGACUAUAAUGUUAAACUGGAUAAGAAAUUUAACACAAAAUGAAUGGAAUGAACUGUAUCAUCCAAUUUGUUAUGGAACAUUUUAACUUUUGGUG